ACAUAAAGUCAAAACCACCCCCCUCUUUUCCCAGCCAUGCAAACUGCGGGAUGAAGCUGGAAGCUGUGGUCGAGCAGCUGCAGAAGCAGCAGCAGAAGCAGCAAACGCCUCUGCAGAUGGAUUCCAGGGAGAGGCAGCAGAGGCAGAUGAGGGAAGCCCAGCUGCUCUACACUCAGCAGCUGGCCGUGCAGCAGGCUGUCCUAGCAGCCACAUCUGGCAGGGCUUCAGGCGGCUCCACUGUCGGUCCCUUGGCCAGAGGCCCGCCUGCAGCCGGAGCUACGCGGGCUUUUGAUCAGAGCAGCAUGAAUUCCGAGCCAGAAGAGGAGGAAGAGGAAGAGGACGAGGAAGAGGAAGAAGAAGGGGGUUUAGAAGGCGACGAUCUUGAGGGUGGCACUGAUGUGACUGGAAAAGAAACCUGCUCUGCUCUGAAAUAUUUCCAUGCUCCCAAAGUUGCCCAUCACAACCAAAGAGCGGCCUCUACCUCGAAUCCUCUUCCAGCAUCGGGGCUCCAGCGGGGACAGCAGGGCAAAGAAGAACAGGGUAAAGACAGUACUAAGCAGCCGUAUGCCGGUUCCCCGUCUGGACGCCAGAACUGGCGCUUGGAUGAGCAGCUCAAACAGAACGGCAGCGUGACCUGGAGCGAUGAAGGCGACGGAUGCAGAGGAAGAGAAAUUUCCAGAGACUUUGCCAAGCUCUAUGAACUGGAUAGUGACCCUGAACGGAAAGAGUUCCUGGAUGACCUCUUCAUCUUUAUGCAGAAGAGGGGAACUCCCAUCAAUCGGAUCCCCAUCAUGGCAAAGCAGAUCCUGGAUCUCUACAUGCUCUAUAAGCUGGUGACUGAGAAAGGAGGGCUGGUGGAAAUCAUCAACAAGAAGAUCUGGCGAGAGAUCACCAAAGGCCUUAAUUUGCCCACCUCCAUCACCAGUGCCGCCUUCACGCUUCGAACCCAGUACAUGAAGUACCUCUAUGCCUACGAAUGCGAGAAGAAAUCCCUCAGUUCUCCUGCUGAGCUUCAGGCUGCAAUCGAUGGCAACAGGCGGGAAGGCAGGCGGCCCAGCUACAGCUCCUCUCUGUUCAGCUACUCACCCACCACCACGGGGCCUCCUUCCCUCCUGUCUCCCCCCAAGAUCCGCUUCCCCAUCAUCGGCGUCGCGCCCGGCAGCGGGACCAGCAACCCUCGGGUGUCUCCAGCAGCGGCUGUCAGGAAAGGUGACGGUGUGCCCUUGACGGUGUCUAUGCCAAAUCGUAUUGCUGUGCCAGUGACCUUGGCGAGCCAGCAGGCAACUGUGGCAGCAAGAACAGCCACCCUAGAGCAGCUGAGGGAGAGGCUGGAGUCGGGAGAGCCUCCGGAGAAGAAGGUGUCCCGGAUGAGCGAGGAGGAGCAGCGGCUUGUGCAGCAGGCUCUUCAGCGCAACCUCUUCAGCAUGGCGCGGCAGAUCCCCAUGAAGAUCAAAAUCAAUGGCAAGGAAGACAAAGCAGACCCGGCGGCGGCGGCGGCGCUGAACUUGUCCCCUAAUGGCAUUGGGAGCAUCAACAUGUCGGUGGAGAUCAACGGCACGACUUACGCUGGAGUGCUCUUUGCCCAGAAGCCCGUCGUCCACCUCAUUGCAGGCUCCAGCACCCAAAGCUCCUGCACCAGCAGCAGCAGCUCCCACUGCUCUCCCAGCCCUACCUCAUCGCGGGGAACCCCCGGCGCAGAGCCCUCCCCCAGCUGGUCUCUCUGACGGAAGGCCCAGCCUGCUGUCUCUCACACUGGCCUCCAGCUUCCUCCCUGCUCUCCACAGGGAGCGAGCCAGGAAGGAGUCGCACAGAUUUACCUCAUCUCAAGGAACCUGGUUUUGGGCUUGGCCAACAGCAGGAUGAUGAUGCUGCUGCUGCUGAAACCUU